CACUAAAACAAAGGGUAUCCAGAGAGAGAGAGAGAGCCAUCGGUGUUUUUGUUGUUGUUCUUCUUAUGAGCCUGUUCAUCGCCAUCAUUAGCGACUCAUCACCUUUAAAAUUUUGAUUUUUCAAAAGGAUCUUGGUUUUCAUUGGAAGAAGGUGUUUGGGAUGGGAGAAAAUGGGAUUUAAAGAUUGUAUCGUUUUCCUCUGGGUCGGAUCUCUUUUGUUGUACUUAAAACAGAGAACUGUUACAUCUCAGCUGCUGAUUCUCGUUUGUUCAUCAUCUUCUCCACUGAAAAUAAAGCAAGCAACUUUGUGAUCUGUUCUUUUUUUUCCUCUCUUCUCCUUGAUCUAGAUUUUAAUUCUUUGUUCUUCUUCCACAAGAUAACUGAAAAAUGCAGUCUUUUUUUGAAGAUUUGAGGUAAGAAAUGAGUUGCUCUUCCUGUUUAGUUAACUGGGUAUUUUCAGCUUUCCAGUGAUCAUUUUUAAAAAUGGAACAAAAUCAAAAGAAGAAGUUUGUUUGCAAGUAUUGCAACAAAGGGUACCCUUCUGGUAAGUCUUUAGGGGGUCACAUAAGAACUCAUAUGAACAAUGAGAAUUCUGCUGAAGCUGGUGGCCAAUCUGCGACUUACGAUCUGAGGGAAAACCCCAAGAAAAACAAGAGGCUUUCAGAAUCAGGCAAUGGCUCUUUGCUCAAAGAGAUGAUGAUUUGUAAAGAAUGUGGUAAGGGUUUCCAUUCAUUGAAAGCACUCUGUGGUCACAUGGCUUGUCACUCUGAGAAAGAAAGGACCGUUCACAAAUUUGAGGAUCAUUGGGAUAGUCAUUCAGACACUGAAACAUCAACUGUUCCUGGUAGAAGUAGGAGAUCCAGGAGAAUAAGGUGCAAAACAAGUGGGGUUCAUCAGGUUCAAGUUCAUUCUAACGAUUCAGUUUGUUUACCAAAUGGUUCAUCAUCUGCAUCAGAGAUUGAAGAUCAGCAAGAACAAGCAGAGGUUGCUGUGUGUUUGAUGAUGCUUUCAAGGGAUUCUUCUGGUUGCAAGAAAGGGCUGAACGCAUUUGCUGAUUCUUCAUAUUACAACUCUGUUGUUUUGGAUGCUAAAUCAUCUUCCAUUGAUGUGAGGAUUGUUGAAUGUAAGAAACUUAAGGUGAGGUCUAGAUCUGGUAAAAAUGUGAGUAAAUUCAAGUGUGUGAAAACUGAAGUAGGUGAUAAUCAAGCUGAUAGCUUUGCAAAUGGCUCUUUUCAUACUCAAAUGACUGGUACCAAAGUGACCAAGUUCUCAAAUGGCAAUUCUGAGAAGAGAUUGGUUUCAAAGAAAAACAAAGGGCAUGAAUGCCCUUUCUGCUGCAGGGUUUUCAAGUCAGGCCAAGCUUUAGGAGGUCACAAAAGGUCCCAUUUCGUUGGAGGUUCAGAGGAAACAACAUUGGUCACCCAACAAGACUCACCAGAAACUCCAUUGCCAGCUCUAAUUGACCUUAACCUUCCAGCUCCCGUUGAAGAAGAUGCAAUGGGGAAUUCUGGGUUCAUCCCAACAGUGUGUAAAUGA